AUGCCCGAUCCUAAGUCCUCUGAUGCUGCCGACCACCCUAGCGGCAGCCAACAGGGCCGUCGCUUCAAGCUCCCGGGCUGGUUGGACCACUUCAAUGUGCGGGACUUGAAGGUACUCUUUCGCUGCUGGGCCGCGGCCUGGGUGGCCUCGCUGCUGAUAUUCAUCGGUCCAGCCUUACACAAGAUCGGCAUUGCGACCUUCUUUGGGGCUUUGGUGUUGUACAUUGUUCCCCCAGCAGGAAUUCUGUUCGUCUACUUGCUAGCAGCGCUGUCGCUCCUCUUUGGUAUGUGCCUCGCAUGGGCGUGGGGCCUCCUGACUAUGAAAGCCGCCUUAGCGGCACGACCAGACGCACAAACAAAGGCCAUGGUACAGGCGUUGCAACAGCAAGCAGUCGCGAUCGGCAAUCAAACAGGCACGAGUCCAGCCGCGGAGGCUAAAGUCCUUGUGUACGAUGGCUUCAUGCUUGAUGCCCGCGUCACCGUCGUCUUCUAUGUGAUGAUCUGUGUUUUCAUCUAUUUCAUGUCCCGUGUCCGUGUCGCCAAUCCGAAGUUUGCUUUGGCACAGAUCUUCGGAAUCAUCAUCGCAGACCUCUUUCUCCUCUUUGGGCCAAGUUUGCCCUCAUUCACGGCUUCCCUGCCUGAGGUCCUCAUUAAACCAGGUGCCAUCGGCAUUGGCCUGGGCUUUGCCUGCUGUUUGGUCUUCCUACCGCAGUCGACAUCGUUUGUAGCCCUCACGCAAAUGGAGCAACUAGUCCGUCUGGGAGAAAUCCCACUGAAGUGCACCCGGCAAAGGUUCGCAGGUGAAUCCCUCGAUCUGCAGCAGCUGACGGCCACCAAGGCGAAGAUCAUCGGCGCAUUCAAGGCCAUGCAACCGUCAUUGGCCUUUCUGCCGCUUGAUUUUUCCCGUGGCCGCUGGAGCUCAGACGACAUCAAAACGCUACAAGAGCCUCUGCGACAGGCUAUUUUAUCUUCUGUGUCAUUGAUGGACUACCACAUCACCCUCCUAAGGUCUGAUCAAAAGCUACAAGGAAUCCAGCCUCUUUCUCAACAGGGGUCCGACAAGAGCUACAUGCAGGAAAAGCGAGUUCGUGAGGUCGGACAGUAUCAGUUACAGGAGAGCGCAGAUUUGCUACAAGCGUUGAACAGUCCUGAGCACGGAGUUUCUAGAGCCCGCACACGCGAGGCAUUGAGAAAGUCAACUACUGAACUGCUCGAGCUGUGCUCGGAAACGAGUGAGCUCCUUGUGCAGUGUCUUCACGCAGUCAAUUCUGGCCGGUGGUUUCGUCGAGCCGCGUCGCGAAAUCACCUGGACGAGCUUGUGAUGAAAGCGGAUACGGUAUUGCAGACUCUACAGUCAACCCGAUCGUCAUGUGCGACGGAGACCACUGAGGCGCUUCUCGACAGCCAUGCCGACUUAUUUGAUGAAAAUGGUCAUCUAAAAGCACCCGAACACCUGGGACCCCAUGCCCUCCGCGGGAUAAUACUUGGAAUGGUAAUGGAGGAACGCAUUCUCGGCACCGCAGAGACCCUCGAGCGACUCCUGGCCCAGGUCCACCGGUUGAUGCAAGCGCGCACUCAGGAACGUAUCUGGAUACCUUCGGGCCUGCGCUACGCUUUCAGCUGGCUGGUGAACCCACGCCAAAAGGCGCCUGCUGACGAUCUCACCGCGGCUCCUGCGACUGACCCCGACGAUGCUGAAGAGCAAGCCAAGGAGGCGCAUCGGCGUCUAAAUAUCAGCCGCGGCUACGGAAGGCCUAUCCGACAAAGCCUGUUAGUGAGAGCGCUUACCGGCUUUUAUCACUGGUUCACGAAUCCCGGCGGAAUGUAUGCACUGCGCAUGGUCGUCGUUACGAUCGCGGUCGCCAUACCUGCUUCAAUCCCACAUAGCGCUGGGUUCUACUAUCGGGAGAAAGGUAUCUGGGCUCUGAUCACCGCGCAGACCACCUUGCUUGUGUACAUGGGCGAUUUCACCGUAUCCCUCGUUGGUCGCACGAUUGGCACGGUCGUUGGUGGUGUGUUGGGCAUGGUCGCCUGGUACAUUGGGUCUGGCAAUGGGCCUGGUAACGCCUAUGGCCUAGCUGCGAUUACGGCGGUGAUGACCGCCAUACUGAUGUGGUGGCGUCUGUUCCUGCCCCCAAUCUUCACCAUGGCGGCAAUUAUGGGCGGUGCCACAUUCGUUUUGGUCGUCGGAUUCAGUUACGACGACACCCACACAUGGCAAUACGGUCUACCUGGACACGGCUAUGAAGCCUUUUGGAAGCGACUCGUCACAGUGCUGUUAGGCUUUGUCGCCGCAUUCAUCGUUCAGAUAUUUCCCCGUCCGCCCUCCGCAACACGACAUAUCUGCAAGACAUUAUCCAACACCAUCCGCACGCUUUCUGAUCAUUAUGCUCUCUUACUAUCCCACUGGGGCCGGCCGGAAACCAACAGCCCCAUAGGCGCAGUAGCCGAGAAGAUCGCAGUCGAGGUCGCAGAGACCCUUCUCUCCAUCCAAGGCUCAAUUGGCCUUUUAAAAUUCGAAAUGACGUUCGGUCCGUUCCACCGAGAAGCAUUGGCAAACAUGCAUGUCCUCUGCCAGGACAUGAACCAAGCAUUAGGUCGAUUACUUAUAUUAUCUACCAGUCUCCCAGAACACCUCCAGGAGCGGUUUGCCCAGAACGUGAGCCUGCUAAACGACCACCACAUUGGCGAUAUCAUGGCAGUAUUGAGUGUGAUCGAGCAGGCACUGAAGUCCGGCCUUCCCCUGCCGGAACGCUUGCCAACGCCGUUGGUGAAGCGCUGUUUCGAGCAGUGGUAUGCUCAGCACCGUGCUGCAGAGUUGAGUACGACGCUGGUACGGGAUGAGAAUUAUCGGCGGUAUUGUGUGGCUAUCAGUUCGUAUUUGAAGUUCCUGUCUGCUAUCGAUGACAUGGUGUUGGUAUUGAAGGGUACUUUGGGAGAAUCACAUUUGAUUGAGCGGUGGCAGGGUGAGGUGCCGGUUUGA